AAUAACGUGGUUUUUACACUUUAGACAGGUCACGAGUAAUUUUUACUUUUCAUUGCCCUUUUUCGGCUUUUCAUUAUACUGUGUAAUUAAUCGUAAGUUAAAACUUAAUAGUGUACUUUAAAUUAGACGAAUCUAAAUCCUUAUUUGACAUUUAUGCACCAGAAUCAUUGAUCCAGGUAUUUGCGGUAAAUAACAAUUUCCGUCACGCUGCACAUACCUUUUGUAUUUCUAAUCAUUCAUAUUCUAACUUAGAUCUCAGUGCUUUGCUAUUUUCUGUCUACUUUUAUAGGUUUUGUGCUUAUUGCAGCGUGUUUUAAGGCGUAGCCUGGCUGUUAUUUGUAAACAGUAUUCGAUUACUCAAGUACUGCGUUAAAGGGAACUAACGUCAAUCAUAGCUACCACGUGGUUGCUUGCAUUCUGCCUUUUCUUCUGUGUGUUUUGAUGUCAUCCCGCCAUCUUGAGAGUGAUAAUUUAUAAUGUGCAUGAAAAUAACUAGUAUUUGUGGCCACAUGGAGUAGUUGUAAAAGACUUUUGCUACUAAAAAUUGUAUGGCCUGCGUAUGGAACGGACACCUUUGACGAUCGAAGAUUUAUUAAAAGCUGCAAGUUAUCUAGAUUACGCACAUCGAGCCGAAACACGUGGCACAAAACCAUUAGAUUAUAAUUCCUAUUUCAAAGUAGUUGCAACUACUCCAGAUGGAGAAUAUCCGUGGCCCCAGGAACCUCCUGAACCAUCACCACCUCCACAACCAAAAAGACCAACAUCCCUUAAUGUGCCUCAUUCAUCAUCGGAAGAAGUUAAAGAAAAAAGACGCACUACAUCACUAUCUAAAGAUUCAUCGCAUGAGCAUUCUGGGACUGGAACUAGAGAAGUACAUAACAAACUUGAAAAGAACAGGAGAGCACAUUUAAAGGAAUGUUUUGAGAUGUUAAAGAAGCAGUUGCCAAAUAUGGAUGAUCGCAAAACUUCAAAUUUGAGCAUCUUGCGGAAUGCAAUCAGAUUUAUUCAAAAUUUGAAAAGAAAAGAAAGAGAAUCUGAGCAUGAAUUGGAACGUUUGGCUCGAGAAAAAAUAUCAUUCCAACAGCGCCUAUCUACAUUGAAAAAGGAAGUGGCUAAUCACCUUGAUGCAUACAUGGAAGGGAAUAAUUUAGCACUUCAGGAUGAUAAUGAUGAAACUACUACAACAGCUUCAGAGGGUCCAUCAGUGAAUGAUUUAGAUGACUUGGAUCUUCCAAGUGCAUCAGCUGCAACUUCUGAUUUUGCUAGCUCAUCAUCAUCUUCAACUACCAACAGUGUGCUAGUUGGGCCAAAUCCUUCAACUGCUGCUGUUUCUUUGGCUUUUACAAAACCUAUGAUCACAGGUGCUCAGAUAUCUGUCCCAAAUAAAGAAUCAAUAGCAUCGCCUAAUCAUUUCAUGCCUGAAUCCCGAAUAAUUACAGAAAAUAAGACAACACUAUCAUCUGCAUCUUCUCCUGUCUCUGUUCAAAUAACUUCUGCAGAUGGUGUGGCUCCAACUGCAACUCGGGUUUUUUCAGCUGGCAAUUUGCAUACAAUGACACCAAUAUUUGCAGCUCCUUCUGGUAUGCAAUUAAUAUCUCAACCUUCAGGCAUAAAGGUUAUUACUGCUCCGAAUUCUAUUAUGACUUCCAAUUCAUCUGUUCAACACAUCUCAGUCAACCAUCAUCCUCAUCAUGGCCAAAUUCAUGUUCUUACUCCCUCCUCGAAUGCAUCCUAUGCUUCGUCCAUUGUAUCAACAAAAUCAUUCACAGAUUCUCUAGUCCAGAUGGCUUCUGGCAGUGCCAAAGGCAUACAGAAGCCACAUCUGGUGUCAAAUCUUUUAGUUUCGCCACAAACAAUGGUUGAACUCAGUCAUGGUAAUUCUGGAAAUUCAAACAGUACAAACUUGUCCGACAUAACUUCUUCAGGUAUCUCCAACUCUCUCAACUUGUCUCAGAAUGUGGUUAAAGCAAAUUCUGUUCUCUCGGGAAAUAUGGCCAUUGCUGUGAAGAAUAAUUUGGCAAACAACAUGUCAACUUCCACACCAUCUAAUAUGAUUACUGCUUUGCAUGUGAGCAAACCUCAUUCACAAGUGAUUCAACCGACUCUGACCUCAAGUAUCAUAACCCAAGGAGGAUCUCAAGUGAAUAAUGGUAACCACCAUGGAGUCACUACGAAUUUAAAGCCUAUUACAUCAAACCACACCGUAAGAUCUUUACCUCAUAUCGCUGGAAUUGCUCAUGUUGUUUCUCAGUCCCCUAUAUCUGCUUCUGUGGGACAGAUUGUCACUCCUGGAAACCAUAUGUCUGGUGUGACUCCUCUCGCUGGUUCCGUUUCUGUGGUGUCUCACACUGGAGCAGUACUUCAACAGCCUCUCGGAAAAGUAAUUUCUCCAGUUUUGAAGCAAGUUAAUUCAAUUCCUAUUUUGCAACCACAAUUUUUGCAACAAGUUUCUGUUGGCUCUUCAAAUCAACAAAUUGUAAAACCUGUUGUGGUAGUAAGUAUGCCUAAUGUUGUACAGGGUGGAAAUAUAUCAUCUUUAACUCCGACUUCUCUUGUAACAAUGAAUGAACAAACUGGAGUUGUUCGUGGAUCUGUCUCUCAGAAGUGAAAUUCAUUUUAUUAGAUAAAAGCAUUGGUGUGUAAAGUGUUACACUUUUCGAAUUUUGGUGUUCAGCUUUUAGAACUAGAUUGACUUAGGGUAACUGUCAUUUUACACAUUUCCAUUUGUGGGUGCAAGGAAAUCAUUUUCAUAGUUUUUAAGGUCUUUUUUUGGCCAUCCUGUAAAUGAUUUGGGUAACACAAUUUUUAUAAUCAUUGGUUUUCAGAUUUUUAGUCCUUUUCUUAAGGUUCAUUUGUAAAAAAAAAAAAUUAUAUAACAUAAUUGAUGCUAUAGUGUCAUUUUAUCAUUUUAACUAUUUCAUAUGUCAUUUAAGUGUUAAUAUCAGUUGACUUUUAUUUUGUUGACUGCCAUGGUAGUUAUUAUUUUGUUGGAUCACUGUUAGUUUGGAAAACGUCUAAUCAUUGGCAGAAACCCAAUAGUAAUAUUAUAGGUUGAAAAAAUACUCAACAUAUUAUUUUAAAAAGUUAUAAUUUAUCAAUACUUUUUUUUUGUAUAUUUAAACAGUCUAUUUUCUAUUACUUGUUUCUUAGCAGCAUGGCAGUCAGUGUUAAAUAAUUACCAAUACUAAUAUUUUUACUGCAUGUGAUCUUAAAUGUUUUUACUCAAGAUUAAUUUUUUGAUAAAAAUGUGUGUAUUUAUUCUCUAUAUUAUGAUGCAUGAAAAUGAGUUGAAUUUUAUGAUAGAACCAAAAUGCAUCCAUAGGUAAUUUUUUUUUAACUCUUUGCAGACCAAUCUGGAAUAUGCUAGGGCCUUCAAAUACCAUUUAGCUGCUUGUUAACAUAUUUGGUAGUUUGUUAAAGAUGCCUUUAGUUGUCUGUAAUUUUUUUUUUUUUAAUAUAUCUCUCUGCACUCCAAUUACUUAUACAUUUUAUUGUUAUAACCUAGGAUACUAGUAUCAUAUUAUGGUAAAGAUUUCUAAAUUGCUUUAAGACAUAAUUGUAUAUAACGUAUUUAUUUAUUUUGUUUCUGGAAUCUAAAAUAUUUGAUAUUCAAUAUCUCUAUUGUGGAGCUAAUGGAGUGCAUAGGGUAAAUAGUUUUGCUUCUUGUUGUUGCUUGGAUUGCAAAGGGUUAAAAGGAAAUGUUAUGUUUUAUCUUUAAGGGCUGUGGAUUUUAUUUACAAUUUCUAAUAUUUUAAAUACAAAAAUUAUAGAAAUAGUUUUAAUUGAAAUAUUUAUUGAAACUUCUUUACUUAUUGAACUAUUUUAACUUCUGCAAUUUAUUGUAUAUAACAUUAAUAGUAUUGUGAAUGUUUAUUUGAAAAUAGGCACUAGAAAAUUUGUUGGUGGAAUUUCUUUAAAAUUUUAUUAGGAGAUUCUAGAUUUUGAAUUGAUGUUUUAAUGUUAAUAUACUAAAAUGCUAGUAAAGAUAUUUGAUUAUUCUCCUUUUUUUUUAUUAAAACUAAUAUUUAACUUCCUUUAUUAAUUUGGCAUGAAUCGAUGUUCUGUGAAUGUUCCCAGAUUAUUGAGCUAUUGAAGGGCUAAUUUUUUUUAAUAUAAAUUAUUACUUUGUACUUCAGUUUAUGAUAUGGUAUUUGUUCUUUAUUGUAUACAACUCUUAACAAAUUCAUUUGAGAUUGUAAUGCAUUAUUAAUAGUUUAAUAAUAAUUUUUUUGCCAUAGUGUGGGCUGACAUUUAGUACUAUUUUUACAAUUAAAUCGGUAAUUCUUUUUAAUUUUUUGUUUGUUUUGGUUUGUAUGAUCCAAAAUAUAUGAAUUGGAUUUUCUGAAGGUCUGUUUUCUUUUACUAUGUAAUUCAUUUUUAUUAUACUUUUUAAUAACCUUAAUGAGAAUUUGUAUAUGGUAUGGGUACCCAUCUUUUCUUUUGAAAUUUUUUGGAUAUGUAUAUCUACAUGUUAAAUUAAAGUAAGAGAGGGGGUGGUUAAAUCAUUCAAAUAUGCUUGUACUGCAAUAGGGAUAGAUGGUCUUUGGCUAUUAGUUUUAUACCUUCAUUGUAAAUUUAUUAUAAGGCUGAAUAAAAAUUGCAUAACAAUCGGUGGAACAUGGCUUAUAAGAUUGGGAAUGCAUAUUGAUGGAAGUUAUUCAGGAUGUAAUCCUUAUAAAUUUGUCAGGCUUAAGUUAUGCAGGUCAAUCUUUAAAUUUUAUCCUUGAAAAUGGAAAUUUUUUGAGCACAUUCCUGAUGGUGUGAGUCUAAUAUUCUUUUUCAUCAGAAAUUUUGAAUACCAGGUCUUCAUAAAAGUCAUUAUAAUAUUGUCCUGAUAAAAAUGUUUAGUAAUUUUUCUUGCCAAGAGAAUUUAAAUUUCAUGUAAAAGAAUUCUCUCUGUAGUUUGCUUGAAAACCAAUAAAAGUAAUAAAUGGGAUCUAUUAAGUAAAAAAACACGUUACAGACCAUUAUUUAGAUCUUUUAUUACUAUAUAUAAAUAUUUUUUUCAAAUAUAAUAAUUAUUAAAUUGUAACAGUUAGAACCUGUUUGCCAGAUGGGGAGUAGGAAUUUCUCAUUAUAUUAUAGUAUCCAGUUAAAUAUUAACAUUAAAUUUAAUUGCUCUAUAAAAAUUAUAAUAUUUUCAUUGUGUUAACAUUAAAAUUUUUCAUAUUAAAAAUGAUUAUUGAAUUUUAAAGAUUGUCUAUGUUUUGGUGUUAUUCUACAAUAUUGUUUGAUAUUCUGAAUACUACAUAGUAUUGUGAAGAUAUCUUAGCGAUAUUAUAGAGUAUUUUGUAUUAAAAGAGACAGUACCAUGUCUUAAACUGAAGGUUUAUGGGACUUAUAUCACUCUGAAGUGCUAGAAAAUGAAAUCUAGUGUUCUAAACUCUAAUAUGAAAAUGCUUCCUUUUUGUUUUAUUUCUUAAAUCCACAGUCUAUAUUUAGUAGAUUGUUAUUAUCUGAGCAUGUAAUUAUAUGUGUAUUUAAUGACAGCACUCUAUGAUAACCCACCUUGAUAGUGAGGAUAAAUCAUAAUAGCUAUAUCACAGUGUAGUUGUUACUACAAGAUUAAGUUAUUAUGAUUAAAUGAACAUGUCAUUCUUUUUUCUGUGAAUAUAAAUGUAUAGGAAUGAAAGGUUUUGAAUAUAUGAGCUUAAACUGAAAAACAAUGAAACUCUUCUUUGAUAAAAUACGAUGGUGUUUUAUAAUCAGCAUUCCAUAAAUUGUAUAUUGUUUUAAAUAUUUUAUUUUGCACUGAAUGACAUUCUUGCUUAAAAAGGCUUGUGUUUGUCUAGUGACUGCAAAAAUGCUUGUAUAUAUUCUGUAAAUUAUUCAUAAAUUCAUUCUUUGGAUUUUAAUAUUCAUUUUCUAUUUUAAUAUCUUGGCCAUAUUUAGCAGUAUAAUUGUCAAAAAUAUUUUUUUUACAUUUCUCAAAUACCGGUGAAAAGCAAAAGACAAACACAAUUUUAUUUAUGAUCUUUUUUCAAGUAUAAAUGUAAUUUAAAUGUUUGAAACAUUGCUGCAAAUAAUGGCGAUAGUCAUCCACUGAAGAAUUAUAUGCCAGAUCAAAAUAUAUGUGGCAACAUGUUAAUACAUAAAAUUGUAUUAAAGUUACAUUAAAAGUUUUCACUUUAAAUUCUUGUUAUUAAAUUUUCAUUACUGAUUGAAAACUAAUCAAUAAAUUGUCAUAUUUAGAAAAAUUGAUCAAAUUAUUUUAUUAAAGUUUUGUUUUUGGAUAAAUUCUGAGAUUUUUAAUAUGUAUAUGUUUUCUUUGUAUUUUAGUUUGCUGAUAUUUAGAAUUGGAUGUUUUGUUGCUUCUUUUAUAUUUUAUUUAAAUUCCUUAUAUAUUGACUUUCAAGCAGCAAUGUAGUGAGAGUAAGUAGUAUCUGUGGCAGAACAAGAUUUUCUCCUUUAAUGGUUAUUACUGACAUAAUCGGGGUAGAUGGUGAGACUUAUGGUAUUAUUUUUACAGCUUCUCAUCAUAUUUAGAUUUAAAAAGUGACAAGCACUAAUUUUUUACCCUUGUGGUGCUUCUUAAGCUGGCAUCCAAAUCUUAGAAACCACUUACUAUAACCCUCUUUAUUAUACCACUGCUUUGAAAUUAUUUUAUGUGCAUAUGACCUUGUAAAAAAGAAAAAGAAAAAAAAAAAAAAAAAAAAGCUAACUUUAAUUUUUUUUUCAAUAUUGUAGCUUAUUCAUAUAUGAUGAGAUCUUUAAUAUUCUUGAUUGGUUCCAAUUGUUAUAGAAAAUAUAGAAUACCAAAAAUGUUGGAAUUAAUUUCAAGUAAUUCACUUUAGGUAUUGAUUUCGUUACAUAAUCCUGCAGUAUAUAAAUUGGGCUUCUAAUUUUCGGAUAUUAAUUACUUUUUAGACUGCAAAGAGUUAAGUGUGCUAAUAAAUGUACGCACAUCUUAAUUUAAAAGGAAACAAAAACAACUUAUGUUAAGUUUAGACAUAUUGUUUAGUUUUAAGUUAAAUGUGUUCUUAAGAUUUCAAGCUUUUGAACAUAAUUUUAAGUGUAUGAAAUGUUAAUCUAAAAAUUUCUGAAAUAUUUAAUUUCUAUAAAGCAGUAUUUGUACUAUAUAAUGUACAUUUAAUGAAAUAUGUCUGCCAUUUUCAUAAAAUAUAUUUUUAAAAAAUGCAUUAAAAUUGUAAUGGCUAAACCUUUUUAAUGUUUCUGAUUAGUGGCUUAUUUCUCUGUGAUAAAUUUCUAGCUAAAAUCAUUUGCAAGCUUAUGUGUCUGUACUAAAAUUAUAGUUUUUGAAACUGUGUUUGCAAUUUACAUUUUCACUUUUAAAUUAUAAUAUCUGUGUUUUAUUUUUAAACUUGCACUAGAUACUUGUAUAAUUGCAGUGUAUUUGGAAGGUGUAUGGGAUAUCUGAGUGUUACCUUGUACAUAUUUUGUCGAUACGUCUACAUUUUAUCAUGGUUUAAUUAUUCCUGUUAAUGUAUUUUAUUUACAUAGAAUGACUUUGUAAAUAAUUCAAUGUACCAUUGUUAUUCUGAAUAGAAAUAUUUCACAAGUUGUCAAAGAACUUUUCCACAUAUUGAAAAAAAAAAUUCAUGUCAAAUAUUUACUUGUUCUAAAAUGUCAGUGAUAAAAAUUGUGGUAAUAUUGAAAAUGUAUAUAUAUAAAUGUUUGUUUCUGACAUUUUCCCCAUAACUUUUUGUCAGAAAUUAGAAAUUUUAGCAACAACCAUUUAAAUUCCAUAGAUAUCAUUGACUGUGUUAUUUAUUCUUAAAAAGGGGGAAAAAAACCACUUCACUUGUACAAACUCACCAUAAUUUAUGAAAAAUUUUCAUUUGUGGAUAUUUCAAUUAAUUUUGUUGUAUAUUUCUUCCAUUUGGCACUGUUGAAAUUGUGAAACUUCCUGUUAGUACUGAAAUUAUACCUACUUACAAUGUAGACACAACUGUAAAUACUCCACUAUGUGUAAAGCAUUUGAAAUAGUGCAUGUUUUUCUGUGUAAUUGCACUUUCAUGAACAAAUUAAAGCUUUAUAUAUUCAA